AUGAUCGGGAACCGUGUGCUGUACUUGUUCUUCACUCAUGUGCGAGAGCUGUUUGGCGAUGUGGAGCUGAAGCCAGUGGUGCGUCCGCUGCGCUGGUCGAACGUGGCCACAAUGCCGGUACUGCCUGAGACCCAGGAGAGCAUUCGGGAGGAGAUACGCAGACAGGAGUUUCUGAUAAACCGGCUGCACAGGGACCUUCAGGCUGGAGUGAAGGACUUGUCCAAAGAAGAGCGACUCUGGGAAGUGCAGCGGAUUUUGACGGCACUCAAACGAAAACUUCGGGAAGCAAAGAGACAGGAGUGUGAGACUAAGAUUGCCCAGGAAAUUGCCAGUUUGUCGAAGGAGGACGUUUCUAAAGAGGAAAUGACAGAGAAUGAAGAGGAAGUGAUCAAUCUGCUCUUAAAACAGGAGAACGAGAUCCUGACUGAGCAGGAGGAGCUGAUUUCUCUGGAGCAGGUUUUGAGGCGACAGAUUGCAACAGAGAAGGAGGAGAUAGAACGGCUCAGCGCGGAGAUUGCAGACAUCCAGAGGGGAGUAGUCGUUUCUCAAGCGGUGCGGGAAAAAGAGUUCGUUAACAAAAAGGGCGGGGGGGGGGGGGAGAGCGCGGUGGUCGGCGGAGAGUCGCAGGCGGAGCGGGGGAGUCGUAGCGGAGCGCGGUGCGGGAGUCGCAGCGGUAGUGGGUAUGCGGGGAAAGUAGUCGCAGCGGAGCGGGGAAGACGCAGCGGAGCGGGGGAGGCGUCGUUAGCGGAAGCGGGGGGUCGCGCGGAUGCGGGGGGGUCGCGCGGUGCCUCGGGGAGUCGCGCGGUGCGGAGGGGGGGUCGCGCGGAGCUGACGUUCCCCCACACGUCACUCGGCAUAAUUACCCGCUCCGCCCCGCUUAGCCCCCACGUGCGCUCCAAGUCGCGGGGGGCUCAGUACGCGGGCGGUCUAGAGCGGAGACGCCCAGACAUUCCCCUUGUGGGCACCCAAGGUUCAGUCUGA